AUGCCCGACCGCAUAUGGGACGAAACUGUUGCCCUCGGCACGGCUCCCAUAUUCGACGAUACUGUGUAUCUCUCCGAGGCCUUGGGCCUACCCAUAGAUCAAAAUGAAGACCAUCUCGACGCUGAGUUAGCGCUGCUUGCUCGCGAGUCCGGUGUCCCCGAUCCUUAUCGCUUCGUACCCCCGCCAGAAACUAUCUCACGCGCAAUCUCGACUAUGACGUUGGACAGCGACCAGAGGAGUUCCAGGUCAAUUCACUCUCAAGAAACACAGUCAACAAGCUUCACGUCGGCGCCUUCCCGGACAUCAAGAGACCAUCUAUUCUCUAGCGACGGCUCAACCACCAAGAGGGUACCCCCAACACUUCGACGGGCUGCAUCAAUCGUCGAAAACUCUCAAAAGGGUACAGAACGUCCCGAGUCUAACUUCGAGUCAAGACAAUCAUCGACAUUGUCCAUCACACCUUCUCUCGUCUCUAAUUCAGCAUCGUCAUGGCAGGCACAAGCACGGAAGAAACGCAGCUCAGCCAUCUUUUCCAUGUUUCGAAGAGAUUCGGGUAGUACUUGCACAACGCCGGCCUCGCACCACGGACACCACAGCAAGCCUCGAGGCGUAAAGCUGGCAUGCGGUCACAUGUUGUCUGACUACGAUAUCCGGGCGCAUAUACAGGAGGCAUCGAGGAAAGGCUCACAUGUAGCGCCUGAUUGCUGUGGAAGCCUAAUACCGCGCUCGGUGUUGGAGAGCGUUCAGACAAAAGAGACUAAUCAUGCCAUGAACAAUACUGCCGACCUCUCCGACACUGCACUCCGCGACUCUGGCUAUUGCGAAAUUGCAAUAUCAACUGCCGACCCACCACAUCCAAUCAAGAAUCUUCUCCUUUCAGAAAAACCUCCCACCUUGCCACAACUCCAAGCCAGGCGCAUCCGGCAUGAAGCGAUCAGUAUUGAAUCAGCAUUGGCAAAUGAGGCUUUCAAGAGUUUCAGGACACAACAGAAGGAGCAGUUUGAACGUGUUUCCUCGUUCGAGUGCAACCAAAGAAAAGCCUUGUCAACGUACCAUCGGUGCACAAUGGUGCUGUUAGAAGCGCAAUAUAGAAUUGCGAGGGAGGAGCGAGUUGAAAAGCACAACGAGGAUCUCGAGCGGUUAGAGGAGCGACAACUGCUCGCUGAACAUGACCUUCUGAAAGCGCAAGCUCAGGAAACACAGAAUGUAGCGACAGCUUUGAAGUAUAUCGAGGCUUACUGUCUGAGUACAAAAAACGACCAAGAGCGCGCGCAUACCGUGUCAGAGGAAGACUUCAAAAAGUUGGAUCGCCAAAGACUGAUCCAACAAGACCUCCCGAAGAAACAUGCAAGCGCGAUCAACGUCUUACGUGCAAGGCAAGAACUGGACACAGAACGAAGAAUAGAGGCCCAGGAAGCAGAGUUACAGCAAUUGGGUGUAGACCACGAAAGAGAGAAAGCUAGGAAAGAGGCUGAAUAUCAGAAAGAAUUGGAGAAGCUUGAUGCAGUUAUCAACGUAAGAAGAAAGAGGCUGUUGCAAAGGUGGGAUCUCAAAUUUGAGAUGUGGCGGCGAGACUGGGAAGCGCAACACAACACGACUCUGACGGCAGAACUUGAACACGAGGACUGGCCAUCUGGCAAAGCAGACUAUACCAUCUCCAUACCCGAAGCAAGUUUGCUGGCUCAGUACGUCAAGACCGCGGCAUGA